UUUGACCCCAGACCCGCUAUGCUCCCGCGACUCCAUUCGGGGAGGUCCCGCCCCCUCCAAAGGCUCCUUCAUGAGUCUCCUCCCUCCCGUUUUCUGGCAAUCUCCACCCUCAGGUAGCCCCGCUCACCCUGAGCCCCCGCCCCGUGACUCGGUCCCGCCCUCCACGCGUGCGCAGUAGGCCGCGCAGUCGGAAGCCUGGAGCCGGUGGAGCACCGCUUAGUCCUCGCCUAGUACCCGGCCUUCUGCUCACCGUCAAGGCUCGGGCGGCUGGGCCGGGGAUGGCAGCGGCCGCCGAGCCUGGGACACGUGCCUGGCUGGGCGACGGCUCCUCGAGGCCUGGCAGCCCGGCCUGCAGCCCGGUCCUGGGGGCCGGAGGCCGCGCGCGCCUGGGAGCGGGACGGGGGUCGGGGUCGGGGUCGGGGCCGGAGCAGGCGCCAGGGCGAGCGGGCGACACAGCCUCGGGACCCGCCGUACCGAGCCACAGCUUCCGGAAGGUGACGCUUACCAAGCCCACGUUCUGCCACCUCUGCUCUGAUUUCAUCUGGGGGCUGGCCGGCUUCCUAUGCGACGUCUGCAACUUUAUGUCCCACGAGAAGUGCCUGCGGCAUGUGAAGACUCCAUGUGCUGGCGUGGCGCCCAGCUUGGUGCGGGUUCCUGUAGCCCACUGCUUUGGUCCCCCGGGGCUCUAUAAGCGAAAAUUCUGUGCUGUCUGUCGCAAGGUCCUGGAGACACCUGCAUUCCGCUGCGAAGUGUGUGAGCUGCACAUUCACGCCGACUGUGUGCCCUUCGCCUGCAGUGACUGCCGCCAGUGCCACCAGGAUGGACACCAUGAUCACGACACCUACCAUCACCACUGGCGGGAGGGGAACCUGCCUUUGGGUGGACGUUGUGAGAUCUGCAGGAAGACCUGUGGCUCCUCUGAUGUGCUGGCUGGUGUUCGAUGCGAGUGGUGUGGUGUCCAGGCUCACUCACUGUGCUCUGCAAUGCUGGCUCCUGAGUGCACCUUUGGGCGGCUGCGCACCAUGGUUCUGCCCCCUGGAUGUGUGCGCCUGCUAUCCCGAAAUUUCAGCAAGAUGCACUGCUUCCGUAUUGCAGAGACCACAGCCCCAGAGCUGGGUGACAGGGAUGAUGGCAUGGAUGGAAGUGCUGCUUUGGGCCCUGGCAGGGAUAUGCCAGCAGCCCCUGAGUCCAGUAAACAGACCCUGAAGAUCUUCGAUGGCAAUGACACCAUGAAGAGAAACCAUUUCCGCCUGGUUACUGUGCCUCGCCUGGCCAGGAGUGAGGAGGUGCUGGAAGCGGCGCUGAGGGCCUACUACGUCAGUGAGGAUGCUGGGAACUUUGAGCUUCAGGAGUUUCCUUUGCCCUCACCGGCUGCUGAUGCCCAGGCCCCAGGAAAGGCUGGGAGUGGUGGCUCAGCGGAGGAGGAUAGCAGCAGGGGUUCUGGGGCCCGUGAGCCUGAGGCCUGGGUCAUCCGUGCACGGCCCCGCACCCAGGAAGUUCUGAAGAUAUACCCUGGCUGGCUCAAGGUAGGUGUGGCCUAUGUGUCCAUCCGGGUGACUUCCCAGAGCACAGCACACUCCGUGGUGCUAGAAGUUCUCCCAUUGCUUGGACGCCAGGCUGAGGGUCCUGAGAGCUUCCACCUGGUGGAGGUGCUCAUGGGCAGCAGACAAGUCCAGCGGAUGGUGCUGGCUGACGAGGAGUCCCUGCUCCAGCGACUUCGGGACAUUCGGCAGACAUCCCUGCGGCAGGCCAGCCAGACACGAUUCUACGUGGUUGAGAGCAGGGCUGUGGCCCCCCAUAUCUCCCUGUUUGUGAGUGGCCUGCCACCUGGCCUGUCCCCUCAAGAGUAUGGCAGCCUGCUGCAUGAGGCCAUGGCCACCAAAGCUGCGGCGGUGUCCGUGAGCCAUGUCUACUCCCAAGGUGCAGUGGUGCUGGAUGUCACCUGCUUUGCUGAGGCCGAGCGACUGUACAUGCUAGCGAGGGACACAGCUGUGCAUGGCCGGCCACUGACCACCCUGGUGCUCCCAGAUGUGCUGCACACGAAGCUGCCCCCAGACUGCUGUCCCCUCCUUGUGUUUGUGAACCCCAGGAGUGGGGGCCUUAAGGGCCGAGACCUGCUCUGCAGUUUCCGGAAGCUGCUGAACCCUCACCAGGUCUUCGAUUUGACUAACGGGGGGCCACUUCCUGGGUUCCAUCUCUUCUCCCAGGUGCCUUGCUUCCGCGUGCUGGUGUGUGGUGGCGAUGGCACUGUGGGCUGGGUUCUCACUGCCCUGGAGGAGACACGGCACCAUCUGGCCUGCCAGGAGCCAUCUGUUGCCAUCUUGCCUCUAGGCACAGGGAAUGACCUCGGUCGGGUCCUCCGCUGGGGUGCAGGCUACAGUGGAGAGGACCCAUUUUCCAUGCUGGUGUCUGUGGAUGAGGCAGACGCUGUGCUUGUGGACCGCUGGACUAUCCUGCUGGAUGCUCACGGAGCUGCUGGUGCAGAAAACAGUGUGCUGGAUGCAGAGCCCCCCAAGAUUGUGCAGAUGAGUAACUACUGUGGCAUCGGCAUUGACGCUGAGCUCAGCCUGGACUUCCACCAGGCUCGGGAGGAGGAGCCUGGCAAGUUCACCAGCAGAUUCCACAACAAGGGUGUGUAUGUGCGAGUUGGGCUGCAGAAGAUCAGCCACUCACGUGGCCUACACAAGGAGAUCCGGCUGCAGGUAGAGCAGCGGGAGGUGGAGCUUCCCAGCAUCGAGGGCCUUAUCUUCAUCAACAUCCCCAGCUGGGGCUCAGGAGCUGACCUCUGGGGCUCUGACAGCGACUCAAGGUUUGAGAAGCCACGCAUGGAUGAUGGGCUGCUGGAGGUAGUUGGCGUGACAGGAGUUAUGCACAUGGGCCAGGUACAGGGCGGGCUGCGCUCUGGCAUUCGCAUCGCCCAGGGAUCCUACUUCCGUGUCACACUCCUCAAGGCCACACCUGUGCAGGUAGAUGGUGAGCCCUGGGUCCAGGCCCCAGGACACAUGAUCAUCUCAGCUGCAGGUCCCAAGGUCCACAUGCUGAGGAAGGCCAAGCAGAAGCCCAGGAAGCCUGCAGCCAUCAGGGGGGAUGCUGUGCCUGCCCCUGAGGGCAGCGCUAAGUAGGGGCCUAGAGGUCCAGGUUGCAUUGGAGCCGUCCAUUCAGUGGACUUGUUGCAGCCCUGCCCACACUACCUUCCUGGGGCCAGGAUGCCUGCAGCCCUUUUCUCUAUCCAGUGUCACGUGGAAACUGCUAGGUGGAUGGGGGCUUCUUUUCCCCAGCCCUGCAUAGUGGCUGGGACAGGGGAGCACAGGGCUCCUGGCAGCAUAGCACUGGAAUGAACUGUUUGGCGGCCUCAUGUCCCUCAGGCUAUCCCCUGGAUGUCCCUUUGGAGCAGACAUCUGGCGUUCCUCCCCAGUGUGGGCAGGCAGUGUGCCACCCUGGUGGUUAUGGGGUGACUGCCUCCUGCCUGGCUCAGAGGUGUUCCUUGACUCCUCCCUUAUCACUGCAAUGGGGUUCUGCCUGGGAAGGUGUUCAUGGGUGCUGGGUGGUACCCAGUCUCACUUGGGAGAGGGGAUCUCUGUUUACCCUCUGGCAGGGUGAGCGUGGGUGGCUGCAAUGUGGCAGCUGGAGUGCGGGCUGGGCCCCGAGCAUUCCUUCUCAAGCCCCUGGGUGAGCAUGUAGUGCUUAAAGGGGACCAGAAGCAGGGCUUCCUGGUCCAAUCGAGUGAACAUGUAAAUAACACCUGCCACAUGGAGGAGUGGAGUGGAUUUAAUGCCCUUGUUGUUAAAUGUAGCACUUUACAUAAUGCUGUUUGCCAGCAACCUAUGAUUUAUGUGCACUGACAAAGACACAGCUCCCACUCCACCCAGGCAGCACUGCUGCUGAGCCCCACAGGGAAUGCUGUGCUGGGACCUGCCUGGUGUGAGUGAAGCUCUUUCUGUGCCCAACAGCUGUCACCCCCCUCCCCCCAUGCUGGAGGAAUCUGACCAAAAAUAAGCAGCUCACACAUGCAGGGAGUCUACAGCAGCUCCCCAAAGCAAGGGACCACCAGGUUAUGGUGCUGGGUUUGCACUGUAGUGGGCCUCAGCCCUGAGAGUGGUCAGCAGCCUCCCUGGAAUGUGCCACACCACAUCCCUUCCCUGCUUCUGUGAAAACUGCAGACACACACACCCUACUCUGUUGGGGCUCGGCAUAGCAGUCCUUAUGUUUACAUCACUUACCAUCUCCAGAAAAGUCUCUAAUGGUAUAGCUAGACUUUGACUUCAACUUGCUAAAUUGUUUGUAAAUUGUGCUCAGUGUGGUCUGUCUUCUAUUUAAGUGAGAUCACCUAUAGGGCUGUGAUCCUGAACCUUAGGCCUCCUCCUGUGACUUACUGCUACCUGAAUGUGAUCUUAUACUUGGGACAAAUAGAGUUGGGUUUCUGUGUCCUGUA